GGCCAAGGAAAAAGCACAAAGCGGCAGGAGAACGGCCCGGCCCCUGCCCCGGCCCCGGCCGGACGCCAAUCCUCCGUGUCCGGUGGCGCAACCCGACCAAACAACCCCCUUUUUAAGCCGUUCGCGUUCCUGACCCCCGCUCCCCACUCGCACUCGCCCCCGUCUGUUCUCUCUCUCGCUCUCUGAUCGGCAGGAGAGAAAAGUGGAUGCUCCAGCGAAGCGAGCGCCACAAUCGUCGGCCCGCCAUGGACAGGUCUCUCGACAGAAACUCCUCCAUCAAGGACGUCACUUAUAGCUGCGGGUACUGCGGCUACGCGCUGAACCUGAGCUCCUCGGCGCGGGACACGGAGGGCAUCGGGUGCUCCAAGUACCGCAAGCAGAUCAAGAAGGGCGUCGUCGCCUUCGUCGCGGUGGACGAGACCCGGUUCACGCUCGCCGACGAGGUCACCUGCAUGCCCUACUUCCGCUCCGCCCGCUCCUGGGGCCUCUUCAGGAGGCGGGCGCGCCUGCUCUGCCGCAAGUGCGGCGGACGCAUCGGCAACGCCUACGAGGAGGAGGACGACGCCAGGGACUACUCCAGCUCCAGCCUCUUCGACGGCGACGGCGACGGCUCCUCGGAUGACAUGCGCCGGAGCUCCGGCUUGGGCUCGGGCCGCAGCAGCAUCGUGUCGUCGAGCCAGAAGAACUACGUGAUCAAGAUCAGCGCGCUGCAGCCGUCGUCAGAUGAUUCUGCUGCUGUUGUUCCCUUCACACAUCGAUGAUGGCAGGCGUCGAGUUGCUGUUGCUGCACCGUGUUCUUGUUGAAUUUGAAUUUGCUGCAACCUGGGGAUGGGGAUGCGAGUGGUGUAUGCAGUGCUGGAGGACAAAAUGCAGCAAGGGAACAUCUUGGCAUGCCUAGACUGUUCAGAGGUUUGAUCAUCUGCAUGCUGCUUUCAGUCAUCUUGCUGUUUGUAGUGGCUCUUUGUUUCCUCUGUACAUCGGUAAGUUUGCAGCGACAUGGUUGUUGAAAUUUUGCUUGGCGUUAGGAAAAUGAUUAAGUUUGCUGUAUUUCGAUUGAUCCAUAGUGUUUGUAUUAAGUCAUGGAAUUGCAAUUUUGAUUAGUCAUCUCACUUGCAUGUGCGAAUGAUUGAGCUUUAUAGCUCUCUUCCUUUCUCGAGAAAAAGCAUAUACUGGUACAAUGAUAUAAUUUACUUA